AUGAAGGCGUUCUUCAUCGGCGCACCAAUCUGUCAGGGUGCUGCGCAUUGCUUUCUGUACCUUCUUUCGGCGAUUUGUCAGUUUCCAAUGUUUCGUAUCGCGAUAGCCGUCUGUGCGAGCCUGGCAAGGCACAGCCUGGCUGAUGAGUCAUGGCAGGACACGCCAAUUUUGACGUCCUUGUGGCAAGCGACAUCCAGCAAGGACAACGAUGCCAUUGACAGGCUGCUGGACAGCAGUGAGUCCGCAGUGUCUUCACGAUCCGGCGAUGGACGUGGCCUGGCCUGGUGGGCGUGGGAAUUUCAGAACGAGUACGUCCUGGCAUCCAUCAUGGUGAACGGCGGCGAUAUUUUGUCCGAGGAUGAGGACGAAGCGGGAAAGCCGGCCUACCGGAUGUGCUCCGACAAUUCCGACUGCGACAAGGAGAGCCUGUUGCAGAAGGCUAAGGGUCUCGCAGAGGACGUCAAGAAGGCCAAAGAGCAGCGCGCGGCCGAGCGCGAGAAGGAGGAUUUCGACGAUGAGGACGAGGAAGAGCUUGGCGACGACGAGUUCUGA